AAUUGUGAGAUCCUGUGCUCGUGCCAGGAACGAAUUUACAUGGAGAAGAUUCGGUUGGGGACACAAUCAGUUGUUACUCACCAGCGAUCAGUGGAGGAGCCAAUCUUCUGAUCUUGAUUUCCCGACAACUCAACUGGUUUCACUCUCAUCAUGGGCAAGGGUGACAAUGGUGGGUUCUCCCAGGACCAACUGGACAUGUACAAGGAAUGUUUCCUUCUAAUGGACAUCAACAAGGACGGCACCAUCGACAAAAACGACCUCCGGGCUGCCUUCGAUAACGUGGGCAAGCUCAUGGACGAAUCCGAACUGGACGACAUGUUGGGCGAGGUCGGAGGAUCCUGCUCCUUUGACAACAUGGUCAAGAUGUUCCAAGACAAAAUGGCCGGAGGUUCCAACGAUCCCGAUGAGCUCAUCGUCCAGGCCUUUAAGGCCUACGAGGAGGAGGGCAAGAUUGAGGCCGAGAUGUUCCGCCAUGCCCUCAUGAAGUGGGGUGACAAGUUCUCCCAGGCCGAGAUCGACGACAUCUUCGGCGAGUUUGAAGUCGAUGACGACGGCUUCAUCGAGUCCAAGGCCGUGAUUGGAUUGUUCGUGUCCGGCGGUGGUGAGAAGAAGGAGGAAGAGGAAGAGGUCAAGGCCAACGAGGGCGGUGACGCCCCCGCGGCCGAGCCCGAGGCCACGCCCGAGGGUGGCAAGAAGAAGAAGAAGAAGAAGAAGGCUGCCAAGUAAAAGGCUGAACCACUUACUUCCAACUGUGUUGUUGUACUUCUAGUUUAUGACACACACAUCCAUCCAUCCAUUCUUAUAUGCAAGCUCUACUACAGAUUUCUAUCCUCACAGAGAUAUUAUAUAUCUAUUGAAGAAUUACAUGAGUCUUCUUCAACUGAA